AUGGAGGGUGAUAUGAUCGGUGCAUUCCAGGCGGAGUAUGAGGAGGCGAUGCUCAACCUCGAGGCGGAGCCAAGACGGCCGCGACGCCAUCGAGAGUUCAUCAGGCGUGAUCGUCUGGGUGCCCACAAUCGGCUCUACGAUGACUACUUCGCCGACAACUGUGCUUAUCCUCCGAGCUUCUUUCGGCGAAGGGGAGAAGCACACAUAGUGAACUUCACGGUGAAUGGACACGAGUACAACUGGGGUUACUACCUUGCCGAUGACAUCUACCCCUCCUGGCCGGUGUUCAUGAAAGGUGUUACUCUUCCACAAAGUGAAAAGCAUCGACUGUUCACUGCUGCUCAAUCAGCUUGGCGCAAAGAUGUCGAGUGUGCCUUUGGAGUGCUGAAGGCUAGGUUCAACAUUCUAGCAGUUCCGGGACGCUCCUACUCGAGGCAUACUCUUGGGUUGAUCAUGCGUGCAUGUGUCAUUCUGCACAACAUGAUCAUCGACGAUGAGCGUGAUAUAAAUUUGGAGGACAUCUAUGAGACAGUUGAUUCCAAUGUCGGUCCUGCGAUACAUAACAAUGCACCACCAAGCCUAGCAGCCAGGAUUCAGAUGGACAACGAAAUGAGGGACUCACCGAUGUAUACACAGCUCCAGCAUGAUUUGAUUGAGCAUGUGUGGGCUAAUGCCUAG